ACUGUCAACAAGCUUUCUGUGUUCUUUUCCAAGCGAGGACUUAAGCAUUCCAGAAUCCACCAUGUCGUCAAGGACUCUCCCUCUGCUCUUUAUCAACCUCGGUGGAGAAAUGCUUUAUAUCCUGGACCAGCGGCUCCGAGCUCAAAAUAUCCCCGCUGACAAAGCUAAGAAAGUUAUGAACGACAUCAUCACCACCAUGUUCAACAAAAAGUUCCUGGAGGAGCUCUUCAAGCCGCAGGAGCUGUACUCUAAGAAGGCCCUGCGCACAGUCUUUGACAGGCUGGCUCACGCCUCCAUCAUGAGGCUGAAUCAAGCCAGCAUGGACAAGCUCUAUGACUUGAUGACCAUGGCCUUCAAGUACCAGGUGCUCCUCUGUCCCCGACCGAAAGACAUCCUAUUGGUGUCCUUCAACCACAUGGACGCAAUCAAGGAAUUUGUCAAAGACACGGCCUGCAUCCUGAGCCAGGUGGACGAGACGUACCAGCAGCUCAUCGAGAUGUACACGCCGUUACCGAGUGGGGAAUUCCAGCUGAUUAGGCAAACUCUCCUUAUCUUCUUCCAGGAUAUGCACAUCAGAGUGUCUAUUUUCCUCAAGGACAAAGUGCAGAACUCCAACGGUCGAUUCGUACUUCCCAUCAGCGGCCCCGUACCCCACGGUACACAAACCCCAGGCUUAAUAAGGAUGUUUAACUGUACUGGCGAGGAAUCACGCAGGCUGCAGUUCAACAACGGUGGAAACUAUGCUGCUGCUCUCUGCCAAGGAUCAUUUGAGCUCUUCGGAGACAGAGUCACCAAACUGGGCACAAACAUGUACAGCGUGUGCCGUCCUGUGGAAACACACAUGUCAGGGACGGCGAAGAACUCUGCUCAGCACACCAAGGUCAACGCUGCUCCCAACCCGCUGGCCAAAGAGGAGCUCAAUCUCUUGGCCAAGCUCAUGGGAGGCUUGGACGUCCAGAAACCACCUGGGAAUGCGGACAGUAGCUUCCGGGUCAACCUCUUUGCUACUGACGAGGAGGAAGAAGAGGCGUUAAUGUCGAGACCGGAUGAGCUGUCGUAUGGAUUUAUAAACAUUCAAGCUACAAAGGACCAAACUGCAAAUGCAGAGUUGGCCAAAAUCAUGGGAGAGUUCAGCGAUACUCGGGAGUCGCGGGACCACGCCCCGAGUGCCAGCAGCAAAGGAGACGACCUCCUGGCCAUGAUGGACGGCCUGUGACGGCCCUAAGGGUCUGCCCCCCAUGGCGAUGCAUUGUUGUCUGUGCCAGCAAAACAUGUUUGCUGCAACCUGCGCAGACCAGAAAACCUUCAGGUGUUCACUCCCACCCCCACACAGGUGUAGGGCGGCUUGUACAAUGUAAGGAGAGACUCCGACCUACACGGUCAAACUUUGCUGUAAAGGUAAUGGUGGUUUGGCAUACACCGAUUUGUACAUCUGUAGCGGCCAAUGGAGGGUGGCUGGGAUUUUUCCAGUUUAAAUAGCUCAUAUCCCACAAAUACUUUUUUUUUACUUUUAAGAAUUAUUUAAAAUAAGAAGCGAAACGUAGCUCUUGUUGACCACAUGGGUCACUUUUUACUACAAAACCCCAAAAGCAGUGAAGUUGUCACGUUGUGUAAAUGGUAAAUAAAAGCAGAAUACAAUGAUUUGCAAAUCCUUUUCAACUUAUAUUCAAUUGAAUAGACUGCAAAGACAAGAUAUUUAACGUUCGAACUGGUAAACUGGUUUUUUUUUUGCAAAUAUUAGCUCAUUUGGAAUUUGAUGUCUGCAACAUGUUUCAAAAAAGCUGGCACAAGUGGCAAAAAAGACUGAGAACGUUGAGGAAUGCUCAUCAAACACUUAUUUGGAACAUCCCACAAGUGAGCAGGCUAAUUGGGAACAGGUGGGUGCCAUGAUUGGGUAUAAAAGCAGCUUCCUUGAAAUGCUCAGUCAUUCACAAACAAGGAUGGGGCGAGGGUCACCACUUUGUCAACAAAUGCGUGAGCAAAGUGUUGAACAGUUUUUAAGAACGACAUUUCUCAACUAGCUAUUGCAAGGAAUUUAGGGAUUUCACCAUCUACGCUCCGUAAUAUCAUCAAAAGGUUCGGAGAAUCUGGAGAAAUCCCUGCAUGUAAGCGGCAAGGCUGAAAACACCAACAUUGAAUGCAUGUGACCUUCGAUCCCUCAGGCGGUACUACAUCAAAAAGCGACAUCAGUGUGUAAAGGAUAUCACCACAUGGGCUCAGGAACACUUCAGAAACCCACUGUCAGUAACUACAGCUGGUCGCUACAUCUGUAAGUGCAAGUUAAAACUCUUACUAUGCAAAGUGAAAGCCAUCAUUUAUCAACAACACCCAGAAACGCCGCCGGCUUCGCUGGGCCCGAGCUCAUCUAAGAUGGACUGAUUCAAAGUGGAAAAGUGUUCUGUGGUCUGACGAGUCCACAUUUCAAAUUGUUUUUGGAAACUGUGGACGUCGUGAUUGAUUAUUUGCAACAAAAAAAAACAUUAAAUAUUUUGUCUUUGCAGUCUAUUCAAUUGAAUAUAAGUUGGAAAGGAUUUGCAAAUCAUUGUAUUCUCUUUUUAUUUACCAUUUACACAACGUGACAACUUCACUGGUUUUGGGUUUUGUAAGUAACAGCAGCAACAGAACCGAUGUUGUAAUGGCGGUAAGGAGAAAACUGCUCAGUCAGCAUUAAUGGCGGAUUAGAUAAACAACAGUA